CGUCAAAAACUGACGCCAAAGCGGUUUGUGUGAAUUUUUAUUUUGUUUAAAACAGGAUUUUUGUGUGUAAAAAUGCAAUUUGAGUUUAUAAUUCCUGGCAAAAAUGCCGAUCUGCUGGACAUUGAAGCCCCCCGAAAUGGAUACUUUGUGAAGAAAGUGCAUCAAGCGGCGGAAAUAAGUGAAUUGCUCAAAAGAGCAAAAGCGGCGUCACAAAUUAAAAUCUACUACAUAUUUGAUCAUUUUGACACCUUCUUCUCCGUGAUCGAGAGAGCAGAAACAAUUUCCCCAAGCAUUGCAAUAUAUGCCUUUGAUUUAUUGUACACAACAACAGACAAGCUUGGUCAGACACUGGCGUCAGUCCUGCAGCAGAGUUCCAUGGAGGUGGAUGAGAGGAAAUCCCUACUGAAUGCCACAAAGAUGAUUUUGUACCUUGUGACGGGUCUCGUGAAGGCCAUUGAUCAAGUUUUCCUCGCAUCCAGUGGGUCUGGGGAGAAGAAAAAGGGAGCACAGAAGAAUGACGUUCAUAUCCACCUAACAAAUUGGGAUGAGAAGCGGACAAAGAGUCUCGUACAGUUGUACAAUGUAAUGCAACUUCCCCUUGAAAAGCUGUGGGAGCGAUCAAUUGCCGAGGAAUCUUUCGUCACAAUGAUCUGCGAUGUUGGCUACAGAACGCUCGAAUUGGAUUUUGUGAGGCACGCAAAUGCUACAGAUGCUGUCUUCCAGAUUCUCGGUGUUGCAAUCAAGCGCUACAACCAUGCUCUACAAUUCCCAGUGCGCAUCAUCUCAAUACUGCGUGCCAGUGAAACAGCUGUGCACCCAAUUGCCGAUGGGACAUCCCUGCUUGAGGAGGAAUUUGGCAUUACAACACUGUGUGGUUUGCUCCUCAAGGAUCUCCUUGAAGUUGUGUCCAAUGAGAUAGACGACAGCAAAACAGUCAAACACUGCGCAAUGUUCCUCAUGAGGCUCUCUACCACUGCACUGGAUAUCAUUAGGCCACACAUAACGAUGCUAGCAGACAUUCUGCUGGAACUCGAUGCCUAUCAACUGCGAAAUACAAUUCUUCAAAUAAUGGGGGAUAUUUUGCGCAUUAAACUCUCCUCGGAGGAUCUCUCGAGUGAAAUGAAGGAGGAACGUGAGGAAUAUCUGGAGCAUAUCUUUGAUCAUGGACAAGAUAUUAAUUCCUAUGUACGGUCAAAAGUUCUCCAAACAUGGAUACAGAUUAAGGAAGAUAUGGCCAUUCCGCUUGCAUGGCAUAACAAAGUUCUUCGUUUAACCGUUCAACGGCUUGAGGAUAAGAGUGCUAUUGUGCGAAAGAAUGCAAUGAUCCUCAUUCGAUCAUUCCUCGAACGAAAUCCCUUCUCGGGGAAACUCUCAAUGGAGGAGCUGAGUAAGGAAGUGGAGAAGCAGCAGGAAAAACUUCAGGAAUUGCGAGAGAAAAUGCUAAAAAUUGAACAUGACUGGGAAGAAGUUGCAAACGAUGCUGGAUCCAUUGUUAAGGAUUAUCUUGCGCACUUGGAUACGAAUGGUGAUGCGGACAUACGACCCGCGGGAAGUCCUUCGAAACAAAUGGAAAAUCACACGGAACUCGUGAUUGAGUAUUUAGAGAAGAAGGACUACCUGAGUGCUCUCAAAUUAGUCUACGCCACAGAUAUUAAUGCUGAAUCCGUGAGUAGUAUGCAGAUGAGGGAGAAGUGCGUUUAUUACAUGACUCUUCUAAGUACGUACUACUUCAUUGCACAUGGGCACAAAGAGAUAAAGGAAGAAUUCGACAAGCAGGAGCACACCGUACAAUUCCACACUGAUUGCAUUGAUUUUAUGAAAAUAAUUCAGAGCGCAAUGCCCAAAAUACUUGAGUUGCUGUCAUCGAAGACAAAUGGAGAUGUGUGUGAGGCCAUAAACUUCUUCACACUCGGCUAUCAAUUUGAUGUGAAAGGCACACUAGAGGGUAUGCAAAAAAUGCUCUCAGUCAUUUGGUGCAAUGAGAAGGAGAAGAAGGAAGCUGUGAGUGCAGCCUACAAGAAGGUUCUCUUCACCACUGACCUCCAGGGAAGGCAACAUGCGGCAAAAGUUGUGAAGAAUUUGUGUAAUUUCAUUGGAGAAAUGUCCAUUGGGCGGUACAUUUCGAUGGAAUUCCUCGUAAAUCAGUGGGUGGAAAAUGAUGAUCUUGAUCAUCAAAUCAUUCAGAUUCUCUUCGAGCGAUGCACCAUGAAAUUGGAAGAUACGACUGAGAAGGAAGCCAGGGAGGCUCUUCAAUUGUUGGUUUUAAUAUCUCGAACAAAACCAUCAAUGGCGAUAGCAAAUAGGGGUGUUAUUGAGAGUAUUGCCUUCAGUGAGAGAGGCCUAAGUGAUACGGUGUUGUAUGGAACAUGCUUGGAUUUCCUCAUGAACAUCAAUGUGGGCGAUAGCAGUGGAAAACGCCUCAAAAAAGACAGUGAACUCGUACAAAAGAUCUGCGAAACAUUUCAGCUAUUCUUUUUCACGAAGAAUGUGAUUAAUUUCAAUGAAAUUGCCUCAAAAACCACCCAAUUUAUCUACACAAUGGUACAAUCCCCGGAUGCUGUGUGCGAAGAUGUUCUUUGUAGAAUUUUUGACGAAUGCAGAAAAUUAUUUGAGGCAUCCGAAGUGAAGAUGACGCAGGAGAGUACGCAAUUGACGAAGAAUCGCAAAAUUAUUCAAUUAACACUACCAAGUUGUAUUUUGAAUCGACUAAUCUACACUUUGGGCAUGUUUGGGUUGAGGGAGUUGAUCUUCUUGGACACAAGCGUGUACAAUAAUGUCAAGUAUCGGCAGGAAUUGAAGAAUAUGAAGAAGAAUGCGGUAAAUGGGCGUGCAAAUACGUCAAUAGCAUCACCAGCACUCGACACGUCGGCAAGUAAUGCAUUAAAGAGGAUAACGGAGACAGAUGAGGAGGCUCUUGUGGGGCCAACAUCCGAUGAUAAUACUGCCGAAGUUAUAAAUUUCAUCUGCGAAGAGGUACUCCUCUUUAAGCCACAGAGUAUUCUCAGGAAGUACACAACGUGCAUAGCUGAUAUCUGUUGCAAUCCCAGCCAAUUCAACGAUGAGGAACUCUUUCAGACAGCAGUAAUGUCCCUCAUACGCUUCAUGUGUGUCUCAUCGAGUUUCUGCGAAGGCAAUUUGGGUCUCCUCAUGAACAUUCUCAGUGGCGCAAGGAAUUCCUCUGUUAAAUGCAACAUCAUCAUUGGAGCUGCUGAUCUCACAUUCCGGUCCCCGAAUGUGACGGAACCGUGGACGGGACACUUCUACAACAGUCUACACGAUGAAAAUACCCGAGUACGAAUGACAACGGUGAAGAUGCUCUCAUACCUACUUAUGCACGAAAUGAUUCGGGUUAAGGGACAAAUAUCCGAAUUGGCACUACGUCUUGUGGAUGAAGAUGAAGAAAUUCGCACAAGUACGGAGGAAUUCUUCAAGGAAGUCUCCGUGAAAUCCACAAUUCUCUACAACGUUAUGCCCGACAUUAUAUCACGACUCGGUGAUCAAACGUUGAAUCUCGAAGAGGAGAGAUAUAGAACAAUAAUGAGAUUUAUCAUGAAUCAAAUUCGAAAGGAUAAACAAAUUGAGAGUCUUGUUGAGAAGCUCUGCUUGAGAUUUAGUGUUAUUUCAAUGGAACGCCAAUGGAGGGAUGUUGCAUUCUGCCUUUCUCUCCUAUCGUACAAUGAGAAGUCAAUAAAGAAAUUAAUUGACAAUAUAAACUACUUCAAGAAUAAGAUUCUCAAUGAUGACGUCUACGAGGCAUUCAAGACGAUUAUUUCGAAUACGAGUAAAUUGGCAAAGCAACCCCUCAAGGAUCUCGUGAAGGAGUUGGAGUACAAAGUGGAGGAGUUUCGCAAUGCAAAUCCAAAUGAUGAGGAAGAUGAAGGUCGUGACAAGUCACCGCAAAAGAAUAAAGUCGAUGCAAAGAAGAUCCGACGAAAAGUUCAAGCAAAGAAGCAGAAGAAGAGAGGUGGGAGAUUCGGACAGGCUGAUAGUGAGGAUGAUUUUGAGGAGAGUGACAAUGAGCGUGAAAAUGAGAUGCCAUCGCGACAACAGAACAACCGAUCGAGGAGGAUCACGACGAAGAAUAAGACGCGUGUCUUGGAAUCAAGUACCAGCUCAGACAGUGAGGAGGAAUCACGAAGUACACGGGCGAAGAAGAUUAGAAAAUAGUUCAAUAAAAAUUCUUAUUUUGUGUGAAAUUAGCAAAAGAAAUUCGUUUGUAAAUAGGUGUAAUUUCUCCUGUUCUGUGUACAAUCAAUUUAGCUCAAAAGAAACUUCAUUUUUCACGUACCACUAAAAA